AUCAACGCUAGUGCCCCUCUCAAGCGGUUAUUCUCACUUUCUCAUCCUCUAACCCUCCAAUUAAGCCAUGUCCACCACAGCGCAAGCCAAAGCCAAGAGAAAAAUGGCGGCGACUAAGAAGCCACUCUCUCAUCCUCCCUUUGCCGUGAUGAUAACAGAGGCUAUUGCAAGUCUAAAGGAGAGAACUGGUUCGAGCCAGUAUGCGAUAACAAAGUUUAUUGAAGGGAAGCACAAGGAGUUGCCUCCAACAUUUCGUAAGCUGAUUCUCCACCAGCUCAAGAAGGCUGUAGCCUCAGGCAAGCUAGUUAAAGUAAAAAACUCAUUCAAGCUCGCGCCGACUCGAUCGGCUCCGGUUAAAGCUGCUCCUGCUCCUGCUGCUAAGAAGCCUAAAGCUGUGACUAAGCCCAGUACCAAGGCUGCUGCGUCCAAGCCCAAAGCUGCAGCUAAAACUAAGGCUGUUGCCAAGCCCAAGGCGAAGACCACGGCGUCAAGUGCUAAGCCAAAGGCGAAGGCGGCUAAGGUGACGGUUGCGAAGAAGGUUGCUGCUAAGCCAGCGAGGAAGACGCCAGUAAAGAGUGCAAAGAAGCCAAAGAGUGUUAAAUCGCCGGCGAAGAAGGCUAAGAAGUGAGGGGGUUAGGGUUGAUUGGGUUUUGAUUUGGUGUGUUGGUGUGUUGGUGUUAUGUAUUCGGGUUGGUUGUCAGUAUAAUAGAUAGAUAGUUGGAUAUAUUUGUAGGGGACUAUUGCUGUAAAUUUCUUUGUUAGAAAUCUAACAGACGGUUAUGCAUUUGUUACGGUC